CAUUUCCAACCACUUGCUUAUCCAGCUGCUUUGAGGUCAGUCAAAAUCCGCAAAACCGUCCGGCGAUCAGUCAGUCAGACGCGAGGAACGGUGCCGAAAGUCACGCCGGUCCACACAACAACAACAACAUGUCAUUAUGCCGCCGCGUCUUUCCAGAUCGCUCGGCGGCUGACUAAAGACAGGACGUUUGAAUAUUUUCUUGCUGGAUAAAUCCGUGGACAUUUACACGAAGAAAGCGUUUACUCACUUGCGACUACAGGAAACUCUUCCCGCUUUGAUCUCGCAGACGGCGCAAUUCCUUUCGGGAUUGUUUGUAACAUUUGCGGCGGUAACUAUUUGUUGGGGAUUUGCAGCCUGAACAACUUGGAAUUUUUCUUGGGAUGGACUGGGCGUUAUAAGGAAAAACGUCCACGAGCACAUCGGUUUACAAACAUCCUAACUCAACCAUUGAUUCAAAGAUGUCGAAUCCUUCGAAGUUCAAAAAGGAUAAAGAAAUCAUCGUGGAGUACGAGAGUCAAGUCAAAGAGAUCCGAGCCCAGCUGGUGGAGCAGCAGAAAUGUCUGGAGCAGCAGACGGACAUGAGGGUGCAACUUCUUCAGGACCUCCAGGACUUCUUCCGCAAGAAGUCAGAGAUCGAGAUGGAGUAUUCACGAAACCUGGAGAAGCUUGCCGAACGCUUCAUGGCCAAGACAAGGAGCACCAAGGACCACCAGCAAUAUAAGAAAGACCAGAAUUUAUUAUCUCCAGUGAACUGCUGGUACCUGCUGUUGAACCAGGUUCGAAGGGAGAGCAAAGAUCACGCCACGCUGAGUGACAUUUAUCUCAACAAUGUCAUCAUGCGCUUCAUGCAGAUCAGUGAAGACUCCACACGCCUCCUGAAAAAGAGUAAAGAUAUCACCUUUCAGCUACAAGAGGAUUUAAUGAAAGUUCUCAAUGAGCUCUACACGGUGAUGAAAACCUACCACAUGUAUCACACGGAGAGCAUCAGUGCUGAGAGUAAGCUGAAAGAAGCAGAGAAGCAAGAGGAGAAGCAGAUUGGACGGACUGGGGACCCCGUCUUUCAUAUCCGGCUGGAGGACAAACACCAGAGGAGGAGCUCGGUUAAAAAGAUCGAGAAAAUGAAAGAGAAGAGGCAGGCCAAGUACUCUGAAAACAAGCUGAAGUCGAUCAAAGCUCGGAACGAAUACCUGCUGACGCUCGAAGCCUCCAAUGCUUCAAUCUUCAAGUAUUACAUUCACGACUUGUCCGAUUUAAUAGAUUGUUGUGAUCUGGGAUAUCAUGCCUCUCUGAAUCGGGCUUUGCGGACCUACCUCUCAGCUGAAUAUAACCUGGAGACGUCUCGUCACGAAGGCCUGGACAUCAUUGAGAAUGCAGUGGACAGCCUGGACCCCCGUAGCGACCGCCAGCGGUUCAUGGAAAUGUACCCUACUGCCUUCUGCCCACCUGUCAAAUUUGAGUUUCAACCACAUAUGGGAGAUGAGGUGUGUCAGAUCACCGCCCAGCCUCCCAUUCAAGCCGAGCUCCUGCUAAGGUUUCAGCAGUUACAGUCCCGACUGGCCACACUGAAGAUCGAGAACGAGGAGAUCAAGAAGACAUCAGAAGCCACUCUCACUACCAUUCAGGACAUGGUGACUAUCGAAGACUAUGACGUAUCAGAGUGUUUCCAUCACAGCAGGUCCACUGAAUCGGUCAAGUCCACUGUGUCGGAGACGUACCUCAGCAAGCCAAGCAUCGCCAAGAGACGUGCCAACCAACAAGAGACAGAGCAGUUCUAUUUCAUGAAAUUUCGCGAGUAUCUGGAGGGGAGCAAUCUCAUCACUAAGCUCCAGGCAAAACAUGAUCUACUGAAGAGAACUCUUGGGGACGGGUACCGGCCUGAGUAUGCAACCACAAGGCCUCCAAGCCUUCCUCCUAAACCAUUUGGCACUCAGAGGCCCAGGCCACGCUCUGUAUUUAAUGUUAAGCUAUUUAAUGGCAAUUUGGAGUCAUUUGUUAAGGACUCUGGACAAGCAAUACCACGGGUUGUUGAGAGCUGUAUUCGAUUCAUCAACCUAUAUGGUCUCCAGCAUCAAGGCAUAUUCAGAGUGCCUGGAUCUCAGCUUGAAGUCAACGAUAUCAAGAACUCAUUUGAGAGAGGUAACGACCCUUUGACGGACGAGGAGAAUAAUCAUGACAUAAACUCUGUGGCGGGGGUUCUUAAACUCUACUUUCGAGGUUUGGAGAACCCUCUGUUUCCUAAGGAGCGAUUCAGUGAUCUCAUAUCCUGUGUCAGAAUAGAUAACCUGUAUGACAGAGCUCUGUAUAUUCGUAAGCUGAUCCUGACUGUACCCAGAUCAGUUCUUGUGGUCAUGCGAUAUCUGUUCGCCUUUCUCAACCAUCUGUCGCAGUACAGUGAUGAAAAUAUGAUGGACCCCUAUAAUUUGGCCAUCUGCUUUGGCCCCACCCUCAUGCCCACCCCAGACACUCAGGACCAGGUCUCCUGUCAGGCCCAUGUCAACGAGGUCAUCAAAACAAUCAUCAUCCACCACGAGACCAUCUUUCCGGACUCAAAGGAGCUUGCCGGCCCAUUGUAUGAGAAAUGUAUGGCGGGUGGAGACUACUGUGAGAGUCCAUACAGUGACCAUGGAGUUUUGGAAGAAGUUGAUCAGGAUGGAGGAACGGAGACCCACACCAGCGAUGAUGAGGGGGAGCCAAUCGAAGCCAUCGCAAAGUUUGAUUAUGUGGGCCGCUCCGCUCGGGAGCUUUCAUUUAAGAAGGGGGCGUCUCUAUUGCUGUACCAGAGAGCGUCAGAUGACUGGUGGGAGGGCAGACACAAUGGCAUAGACGGUCUGGUUCCUCACCAGUACAUCGUUGUGCAGGACAUGGACGACACAUUCUCUGACACACUGAGUCAAAAGGCCGACAGUGAGGCCAGCAGUGGCCACGGAGGAGAGGAGAAAUGUCCCAGUAGGGAUAUGGGAUCUCCGACAGACAGCAGACUAGCAGAUGCUUAUGUCAGCAGCAGGCACAGAAAGAGAACUGACCCCCCGACCCGACGACCUCCAGCCCGUCCCAAUGAGACCCACUGCAUGGUCCAUUCCUCCCAGAGCCAAUACAGUAACCAUAGCAACCAUGGUACUCAUGGCACCCCAGAUUUGGGGUCCCCAGUGAUGGGCCACUACAGCCCAAGGGACCUGCUGAGAGGAAGAGGGCACAUGCCCAUGGACAGCCCAGAGAGACGCAGGCGAACCGGCCACGGCAGUCUGACCAACAUCAGCCGCCACGAGUCCGUAAAGAAGAUGGAAAGCCCACCCAUCCGCAGGUCCACCUCUUCAGGCCAGUACCCAAGCUUCUCUGAGCCUCACGGCAAGGGAUUGGAUCCAGAGAGCAUCGCACAGGACAUUGAGGAGACGAUGAACACCGCUCUGAAUGAGCUGAAGGAACUAGAACGCCAGAGUUCUGCCAAACACGCCCCUGACGUAGUGCUGGACACCCUGGAACAGAUGAAGAACGCUCCCACGCCGGCCAGUUCCAACGAGUCCCUCAGCCAACUGCACGGCCUGGUGCUGCGGCCCACCGCCGCCGAGUCGGCCAUGCGGCGCAGCACCAGCUCUUCCAGCGACACCAUGAGCACCUUCAAACCCGCCGUAGCUCCACGCAUGGGGGUGCAACUCAAGCCCCCCGCCCUGCGGCCCAAGCCCGUGAUUGGGAUACCCAAGACUGGAGCGGCGCAGCAUCCUGCGCCCCCUUCGCAGGAUCCGCUGGACAAAUCCUGCACUAUGUGACCACUGUAGAAUGAGAUGGUGAACAUUUAUUUUGGCAUCCAUGUGUGUUUCUUUUUUGUGGUGCCACUGUCCUCUUGAGCGUUUCUUUGACUCUGAUGAAUGGACUGAAGCAAAUAAACAUUUGAUAAAGAAACUUUAUAACAUGUGUCGUUGUAGGUGUCACCAUACUGCGGUCAGCAUUAACGUGUUUACUAAUGGGGAUCCCAUCUAUGAAGACGUAUGUGUUUUAAAUAUGGGGUUCAUUAAUAAACUGCAAUAGCAGCAGUCGCUACGCAUGAUUCAGACGGAGAAACUUAGUUUAACAGGUGUUUGUUAUUUUAAAGGAUUAUAUUUUCUCUCUUGGGUUCGGGUUGGACUUGAUUUUCAUUGUUUAGUUCAAACACCUGAGAUAUUUCUCAAGCAAUUCAUGUUAAUCCAUAAACCGUUUGCAUGCAUGUCCGACACUUUAUUUUUAUUUUGUGAUGCUAUGUGUGAAUAGGUUAAGGAAUUCUGAUAACAAUACUGAAGAAAGCGACACAUUUAGCUUCCUGUGUUGUUAAGGUGACUAUAUUAGGAGUUUACAUCCACUAGGAACUUGAUAAAUGUGAAUAAUACAGAAACUAAGCAGGGUCUUCGGUUUCUAUGUAUAUGAGUUUACAUCAUUAGGGAUUGUGGGAAAUGUAGUUGUUACAUCUCAGAGGAACGGGCAAGUUGGCACUCUUGACGUUUCAAAGUGAUGAUGAAUCAAAAACGGAUGCCGAACACGCCACACAUCUGACGUGCAUCCUUAUUUACUGUUGGAGAAACUUGGGUUUAGUUAACACCUGGAACUUAAGUUUUAAGCGCAAAGCUUUAGUUUGAAUAUUAUAUUUUUGAUAAUAAUAUUUGAAUAUAUGCCCAGGGAGUUGGCGUAGAUCACAUCCACAUAUGUUGAACAAACAUUUUGAUAGUUGAGUAGUUAGUGAAUUUACUAUAUAUAUUUUUUAUUAAGUACUUCAUUUUCUUUUUUGGAUAUGCGUUGUGUAUAAAUAUAUACAUGUACAUCACCUAACCCUUUUUAUUUUAUCUGUCUUUAUCCCAGAUCAAUUUGGAAUACUUGCUAACUCGAAACAGUAUUUUCUUUAUAUAUAUAUUUUAGUACUUAUCUGCUUGCUUAGAAAAAAAUCUGUCAAUAAUAGUAAAGUCUAGCUGCCAAAAAGUAAAGUUAUAAGUGCCGCUUAUAGAUUAAUACGGAUAGGAAGCAAGAAGCUACACGCUUGGCUCGGUUAUAUCCUUUAAAGCAUGAAUGAUAAUCCUUUUAGUUGUGAUAUGCAAGUACUUUUCUAGAAAUCUUCGAAAUGAUUUAAGGCAAUAUUUCUUGUUUCACCAAACAAGGGAAUGAUGCCAGUAGCCAUGGACUUGGAGGCUGUUAUUGCUGUACUUUCAUGGGAAGUGCUGCUUCUUGUCAUGUAUUUAGUCACAUUAACCCUUGUCACACAAACUCAGUCACGCAAGGUACCCAAAGAUAAAUGAUUAUGCAUUGCACCCUCUUUCCAAAAUAAUCCGUAUUUGCACUCACAAAUACCCUGUGCUUUAAAAUGAGGAAAAGCCAAAUGAAAGAUUUUCAUAACUGUGUUGAUAUUUCAUAUGCAGUAUAUCAGCCUGACAUUAAUGCAUCCUGUUGUGACAUUAAUGAAUAAUUGUACAAGCGCAUUUACAUUAUAAAUACAGUUUGACAACACAACAAUAGCUUAGAGCCUGUGUGUGCUUGUACUGUAUUCACUGAUAUAUAUUAUUCAACAAUUUUAUCGUAUUUAGGUAGAAUAUGUUAUGGAAGAUGUUACGAAAUUGUGUACAAUUUACAUCACUGAACCGAGGGGAAAAACUGUAGGCAACUUUAUAGACAAUAUAAGCAAUGCCUGUUUUUAACUUUUAAUUGUAAGUUUGCUAAGCAUACUAAAGUCUUUGAAUAUCAGGUUUUAAUGAACAAUAUUACAAACAUUUGUUGUGUUUUUUUUACAUUGAGGUUUGAGUUUGUCUCUGUUACACUAUGAGAAAUUGUGUUCUAUCUGCGAAAACUAAACACAUUUGCAGGAUCACUGUUAUUUUGUCCAUGUACUUAAAUGUACUUGUGAAAGUGCCUUUCAGAACUGUUUUAGGGGAACAUCAUACAAACGUCCUCUGUGCUGUGGCAUUCAUAUUUCAGAUCCAGUGUACCAUAAGGAUUAAAGUAAAUUAUUACUAACGUGGUUCUGUUGUAUUAAUGAUUAAAUAAUAAAGAUACUGCUUAUCCAUUGUGACAUUGCUCUUUUAUGUAAGACUGUAUAUUUGGCAUGUAACAUCUUAAGUUGUAGAGCUUUUGGAAGACUGCUCCUUUCUAAUAAAGAACAUAGUUUGGUCA